CAGCAUUUAGAGCAGCCAAAGCAAGAUGGGUCAAAGUCAGAGUGGUGAUCAUGGCCCUGGAGGUGGCAAGAAGGAUGACAAGGACAAGAAUAAGAAAUACAAACCUCCUGCACCAACUAGAGUGGGGAAAAAGAAGAAAACAAAGGGACCAGAUGCUGCCAGCAAGCUGCCACUGGUGACACCUCACAGUCAGUGCCUGUUAAAAUUACCAAAGUUAGAGAGAAUUAAAGACUAUCUUCUCAUGGAGGAAGAACUCGUUAGAAACCAGGAACAAAUGAAGCCUUUAGAAGAAAAGCAAGAGGAGGAAAGAUCAAAGGUGGAUGAUCUGAGGAGGACCCCAAUGUCAGUAGGAAUGUUGGAAGAGAUCAUUGAUGACAAUCAUGCCAUUAUGUCCACACCUGUGGGCUCAGAACUCUACAUCAACAUUCUUUCCUUUGUAGACAAGGAUCUGCUGGAACCAGGCUGCUCAGUCCUGCUCAGACACAAGGUUCAUGCUGUCAUAGAGGUGUUCAGGGAUGACACAGAGCCCUUGGUCACAGCAAUGAAGGCAUCUUCAGCUGAAUGAAGAUUCUGCUAAAGAUUUGUCUUCCCCCCUCCAUCUCUUGUUGCUGCCAACACCUGCUAUGCUUGCUUAACAACCCAUGGCAUCUGGGACUCCAGCUGUAGGAGUGGCAGCCUUGGGGAGCCAAGGUAAAGAGGACAGGUGUAAAGCAAGGUCCGAAAGACUUUGUGAUCCAAAUCUAAAAUCUGGACUCUCCUUGCCUUACAGGGGCCCCAUCAGUGGCUUUCUGCCUGCCUGUUGGCCUCAUCCCCAGCCAUGAAGGCAGGAGGGAAGAGCCAAAGCUCACCCAACCCCCUGCCACUUCCAGGCACCCAUCCUCCUUCCAUAUGGCUCUUAACUCAUUCCUUGACAGGUUUGAUAGAUCAUGGACAAUGUUGAGAGACUGCAAAACACUUUAAAUUCAAGGAAAAUAAGAACUAAUAGCAAUAUUUGGGAGACCAAAACAGGCCAGAGAGGGAAAUAAUUCAGGGCAGGGAAGUCUCCCAGGUGACCUCUAAAUCAUACCAAAUAGGCAAUGAUAUCUCUUCUUUGUAUGUGUUCUACUGGGCAAAUACAUUGUCCUUCAAGCCUUGUCUGUUUUUACUGAAGGACAAUUGAGGGAUUCACUUCAAUCAAGGUUCCCAAGAUGCACUGCUUCUGGCCACCCACCAGAUGACUCCUCCAGGCACAUUGCUCUCCAUGCCCUUGAGCCCUUCCAGAGUCAGAUCUGUGUAGCUAUGCAUGGCCUCAGGAUAUGAGUCGUUAGGAGUCUCAUAAGGACUGUGGGACUUGGCACCUAUGGUAGGGGUUUGGGUUUUCCAAACCCAGCCAACCCUGCAAAGAUUGGCUGGCACUAAUUUAGAAACUUUAGCAGGUGACUUUAUCUUCCUAAACCUUACUUUUCCCAUGGGAAACCUGGGAAUAAUGCCUCUUAGAGAUUCUGAAACACUAUUGAAAUACAUAUGUAAAAUGCAUACCACAGUGACUGUAUCAGGCACUCAAUAAAUGUACCUAUUCUUAUUGUUAUUUACAGUAAUAUUAAUAGAAAUUCAUGCUGCUAAUUUAUAGAUUAUGAUCUAAAAUCAUAAUCUACAGCUAUCUGAGAAGAGUAAUGACCCACAAAACUCUCUUUUUAUGUGUUGCUAUUAAACAUCUCCCAGCCCUUUGAAUAUGGAGCAAUGUUUUACUUUGUUUGCUCUUCAACACUCACAAAUAUCUACCAAGUUCUUGCUGUGUGCAGGAAACACAACAAGCUCAAAGUAUUGAGCUUGCCCUCAAAGGAAUUACCACCUCAGUGAGGAGUUGAGAAACAACAGUACUGAAAAAGGUGGAUCACACUCACAUCCCUCAGUGCUCACUGGGUCAAAAGCAUUUGCAGAAUUCAGAGGUCUUUGUCCUUGGGACAGAAGAUGGCACAAAAAAUAACCUCCUUGGAACUGGACCUUGA